AUGCACGCUUCAAAGAUCUUGGCCUCUAUGGGCCUUAUGGCCCUCGCCAAUGCGACUGUUAUUCGUUACGAGCGCGAUCUCCAGGACGAUGCCCCAGCUCUAGAGAAGCGCGCCGACAAGACCGCCGCUUGGGUCACCGUCGAUGACGAGCAGCAGCCCGCUACGACCUACACUCCCUCGUACACCACCAUCGAUGGUACCACGUCCAUCAUCGAUGCUGCUCCUCACGAUCUGACUGCUAGUGUGUAUACUUAUACCAGCUGGGGCAAGAUUCACACCAGCACUGGCGAGCCUCCUAAUCCCCAGGCUACUGGCAAGCAUGGUGAGGGUGUCUUUUCGCGAUGCUACAACAAGGAUGGCGACAAUGCUCCCUUCUGCUCUCCCUAUGCGAACAGCACUCUCGAUGUUAGCAAUACAUACUUUGUCACUUGGGACCCUGACUUCUUCAACAAGACCAAGUCCACUGACAACUCCACCCUAAUGAUCACCCCCCGUCUCGACAUCUUCAACUCCUCUAGCCAGAAGUGGGAGAAGUACAAGGAAUUCACCGAAUCCUCCGUCCCCGCUGCCUGGGGUUACUGGCCAUUCAACGCCAAGUCGGAUUACAUCAAGAAGUCUCACAACAUCUCCCUUACGCUCUACAGCAACAGCAACAACUCUCUCGAAAAGACCAAGUCCUCAACCCUGUUCCUCUACCUGCAAGACGAGAACUUCCCCGAGAAGGCGCACGAGAAGCUCCCCGAGGGCCAGACUCUCAUCAUUGCCCUCCCCGUCGUCUUCGGCUCGCUUCUUCUUCUCAUUAUCGGUGGUUUCCUGUGGAACCGCAAGACCCGCCACAUUGGACUCGGUAACAUCUCCGGUCGCGCUCGCCAUGGCUACACCGGUCGUGCUAAGCGCCGCAUCUUUGGCGCCAGGGACAACGGCAUUCAACUCGAUACCUCUGUCCCUCCACCUGGCGAGUACCGCGAUGCUCCCCAGCGUGCUCGUGCUGACAGCGAUGGUCUCGGAAGCUUGGCUGGCAGCCCUGUCGAUGCCAACUUCUCUCAGCAGGGCAACGGUGGUGGCCGCAACGCUUUCCGUGACGAGAUGCGAAGACAGGAGGAGGAGCGACGCAUGUAA